AUGCUGAGCCCCAGGUCAAGGUCGGUGUGGAAGAGGAUGCUGUGGUCUGAUGACAAGGAGUAUGUCGGCUUUGCCACGCUGCCCAACCAGGUCCAUCGGAAGUCGGUGAAGAAGGGCUUCGACUUCACCCUCAUGGUGGCAGGGGAAUCCGGGCUGGGCAAGUCCACCCUGGUCAACAGCCUCUUCCUGACGGACAUGUACAGAGACCGCAAGCUGCUGAACGCUGAAGAGCGCAUCACGCAGACGGUGGAGAUCACCAAGCACGUGGUGGACAUUGAGGAGAAGGGUGUCAAGCUGCGCCUGACCAUUGUGGACACGCCGGGCUUUGGUGAUGCUGUCAACAACACGGAGUGCUGGAAGCCAGUGGCUGACUACAUCGACCAGCAGUUUGAGCAGUAUUUCCGUGACGAAAGUGGCCUCAACCGGAAAAACAUCCAGGACAACCGCGUCCACUGCUGCAUCUACUUCAUCUCGCCCUUUGGCCAUGGGCUCCGGCCCCUGGACGUGGAGUUCAUGAGAGCCCUGCACCAGCGGGUGAACAUCGUGCCUGUGCUGGCCAAGGCUGACACCCUGACCCCUGCCGAGGUGCACCGCAUGAAGAACAAGAUCCGGGAGGAGAUCGACCACUACGGCAUCCGCAUCUACCAGUUCCCCGAGUGUGACUCGGAUGAGGAUGAAGAGUUCAAGCUGCAGGACCAGGCACUGAAGGAAAGCAUCCCCUUUGCCGUCAUCGGCAGCAACACAGUUGUGGAGGCCAAAGGCCGGCGUGUCCGUGGGCGCCUCUACCCCUGGGGCAUCGUGGAAGUGGAGAACCCGUCCCACAGUGACUUCGUGAAGCUGCGGACAAUGCUGGUGAGGACCCACAUGCAGGACCUCAAGGACGUGACGCGGGAAACCCACUACGAGAACUACCGCACGCAGUGCAUCCAGAGCAUGACCCGCAUGGUGGUGAAGGAGAGGAACCGCAACAAGCUGACACGGGAAAGCGGGACAGAUUUCCCCAUCCCCGUCAUCCCCCCGGUGCCGGAUGCGGAGACGGAGAAGCUCAUCCGGGAGAAGGACGAGGAGCUGCGACGGAUGCAGGAGAUGCUCCAGAAGAUCCAGAAGCAGAUGAAGGACUCGCACUAG